AUGGCAUCUGAAUCUCCUUCUGGCAGCCCAUCUAUCGCAGAGACACUGUCUACUGCUGCGCCUAUUGACUUGCCGUAUCGCCCAAAACCGGGAGCCGCAUUGGAUAAACCUUCAGCUCUGAACGGGCCCAAAAGUGAGCCUGAGAAUGAUGCAGACGACGAGGAGAACGCCGGUGCGGGAGGUGAAGUCGCAGAGAUGAAAAGGAAAAAGAAGAAAAAGAAAAGAAAGCCGGGCAAGUCUAAGGUCGAAUAUCGGAAGAAACCAUCUGGGUAUGAAGAAUACUAUGUCGAUACUCCGAUGACACCAGCUGAAUAUGAGGAGGAGAAGAAAUUAUAUAAUGAUCGUCUUGAAACCUGCAUCCAGCGCUAUGAGACCAAACGUCGAAUGAACUCGGAGCGCAGAGAUAUCUUCUUGAAAUAUCUGUCAUAUGGAGGCGUCAAUGUCGGUCCAAAAAUGUUCGAAGGAAAUGAUCAAAAAGAUCUUCAGCGUCUAGACUCGGAGGAUAUAGUCACGGCCACAGCCCAGACAAACAUUCCUGAGGAUCGCGCUCACUGGGAUGUCGAUUUUGAAGCCGUUGCCAAGGGAUUCCUCUCCUCCGUCAUCCCGCGAUUCAUCGGCCUUGAGACCGAACAACAAGUUGAUCUAGUGACGAGCACGAUCAAGAACUUUCUCAAUUAUGUUAUAUACCAUGACGUCUGCCCCGAACAUAGAGAAAACAUCAUGGCUGCACGCACAAUCUGCGAUAAAGCGAAGGACCAGCUCUGGAAAGCCCAACAGGCGAAUACAGCCGCGCCGGGGGACUUCAACAUGGCCUGCUCUACCUUGUUCGGUGGUUCAUACUUUGGCGCCUACACAGGUGACCAGGAAUGGAGCAAAGGCCUAGAAUCCGCUGGCAUGCCUGGAAUGACGGCACGAAAAGUUGUCAAGUUUGGCAUCGCGGGUGCCGGCACCUACGAACAAGCAGAGCGUUUCCGCGACCUUGUGCACGCCAGUAGAAUCUCAGGAAAGCUUGUUCAUGAAGAUGGAUUCGAAAUAUUAUCGAUUACCCCGGCCAGUCCAGAAAUCAAACAGUUUUACCGUGAGUACGCACCGGAUCUUAACCCACUCGCAAAAAUGCGAGCUCGAGCCUGGCGUAAUCCGGAUCUACCAGCAGAAGACCUUCCAAAGGGAGAGUCUCCAAAGUAUUUGACUGAAGAUGGAUCUGGAAAUCCGGCUGAGUUUGAGUUUUUCAUCGAGGACAACCUUCUCAAGUUUUAUUUCGUGGGCAUGAAAAUUGAGGCGCAUGUGCGUGAGCUUAAUAGUGGCAUUCAUUACUUUGACAAUGUCUUUGCGAUGUACUGUGCGUUUCAUACCGUCUUACCAAACGAAGCUAUGAUAGGGUGGAAAGAACCAAAAGAUAUCCGGCCUGAUCACCUCUGCUGGGAGGCGCCCUAUGAUUCUAAGGAAGAUAUGGAAGAAACUGCGGUAGCGGAGGAGGAAGUGGAAUAA